UGACACUGACGACCGACCGUGGCCAUGGCGCCCCCGAGCCUCUCGCGGGCUCUGGGCCUGGGCCUGCUCGCGCUCUGCCUCCUGGCGCUGCCCGGUGACGCCCGUGCCCGCCCGGCGGAACACAGAGUCGGAGAACGCCAGAACCUGUCGCUCAGUGACCCGCAGGUGCAGAAGGCAGCGCAGGCGGCCGUGGCCAGCUACAACAUGGGCAGCAACAGCCUCUACUACUUCCGCGACACCAGGAUCCUCAAGGCCCAGAGUCAGCUGGUGGCCGGCAUCAAGUACUACCUGACCCUGGAGAUGGGGAGCACAGCCUGCCGGAAGAACGUGGCCACCGGAGAUGGCGUAGAUGUCACUACCUGCCCCCUGGCCACAGGCGUGCAGGAGGAGAAACUGCGCUGUGACUUCGAGAUCCUGGUGGUCCCCUGGCAGAAUUCCUCCCAACUUCUAAAGCAUAGCUGUGUGACCAUAACCUAGACCCCUUCGGGCAUGGGAACCGGAGGGAGCAGGUGCAGUGCGGAAGGCACACGUCCAUGCAUGUAUCUGUCACAAUAAAGUGCUGCCGGCUUCUCA